UAAGCAUCUGCGCUCCCCAUUCCUCGCCAGCUUGCCCUCACGACAGGCACCCGGCACGACGCAUCUCCACCACAGGUCCCUUGAGAGUCCGCUCCCCGUCGCGCGCGCGCCCUACAGCUCCAAGGCGCCUCAACGACAGCCGGUCGGCGCAGCGAUUCGAUCAACACGGUGAUAGGCGCAACGGACAGUUUUCUGUCCCCUGUUUCACCUUGAUUGAACGUAGUGGGCUCGUUUGGUCAGGGAGGCUUAUCUCUCAGACGGAAGAGCGUGGAGUUCUUGAUAGCCCUUGGGUAUCAACAAGAGUGUUCGGGUGUGAGAACUGGAGAAGGAGCCACUGCAGUCUCGGUCCAGAGACAGCACUCUACAUCGAGGUGACCGUCUGGAUGACGCAACUAAUAGAGGCCAUCUUUGGGGAGUUGGGAAUCACCCAGUACCUCGAUGCAUUCAUAGAACAGGGAUUUGACACAUGGGAGACCAUCUUGGACAUCACUGAGUCUGACCUCGACGCACUAGGGGUGAAACUCGGCCAUCGACGGAAAUUGCAGAGACGCAUCGCCAAUUCCCGCGGAGUCGCGCCGGACGCAUCCCUAGUAUCACCGACACAGUCAACCGCCGAAGAGGUGAAGCCUCAGGAUGUAGUCGUCAAGGCUGAACCAACAACAACGCUCGAGGUGCGAGAGACUGUAGGCGUCAUCGUCACAAAGAGAAAAUAUCGGCGACAUCCAAAGCCCGACGACAAUGCGCCUGAGCGACCUCCCUCGGCUUAUGUGCUCUUCUCCAAUAAAAUGCGCGAAGAGCUCAAGGGCCGGAACCUAAGCUUCACUGAGAUCGCAAAGCUUGUCGGUGAAAACUGGCAGAACCUGACUGCGGCCGAAAAGGAGCCGUUUGAGUCCCAGGCGCAAGCCAUGAAGGAUAAAUUCUUGGCCGAUUUUGCCGAGUACAAAAAGACGCCCGAGUUCAGGAAGUAUCAAGUCUAUCUUCAGGAGUUCAAGGCCAAGUAUGGCUCUCCAUCACAAGACAAGGAUGCGUCAAAACGAGUUAGGCUCUCCGAGUCUGGGGGCCAAGGACGCGGCAGCCCUAACGCGACGCCAACAAGGAGCAGUAGGAGCGGCAGCGGGGCAGAAAGCCGCAGGACAAGCGAGCCGCCUCCCGGCAGACAGAGAGUCGACUCUGGCGUUUCCUCGAGCGAGUCGCAGCACACGGGUUCCCUACCCGCAUCUGCGCCAAUCGGCGCCGCAGACGAGCCUGUAUUCUCACCCUGCGUAAGCGACUCAUCAGGCCGCUCGCCAACCUUCAAACAAGAACCGGGGGAUCAGACCGGGGAUGAGCAGGCUCGAGAUCAGACGGGCAUGCAUAGGCAUCUCCCAUCGCUUUCUGAUGUGUUUGAUGGGCGCGAAUUGCCACUGGGGGGGAGGCCUUCGGCUGAAACCAGCAGGUUCCGUUUCCUGUCCACCAAUGUUGCUGGCGGUCCUGGCCACUCAAUGGCCCAUGCCGGCCGCGAUAUGCGUCCGGCGCUCUCCCUGGACGGACAACCUUAUGUCGGGAACUCGUCUACGCAUCCGUCCUUUGGACAGCCUCGGGCGCCGGCUGACGGGGGGCCCUUGCCGAUACACGCGCUACUGGCCUCCAGGCCAGAGCCCCCAUUUUCUUCAAAUCAGCUACCAUACCCACAUCACGGGACUCCGUACCACGUCGACCCGAAGCCUAGGCCAGUGCACCAGCCUCCGAAUGGUGCCGCUGGCCUUCCAAUGAUCAAUGGCUAUCACCAUGUCACACCCUCACUCCCACAGCACCACGCCUCUGUGACCCCGGUCCAUAUCACCGCUGGGUUCUCCACACAGUCGCAACCGACAGCGUCAGCGUCUCCGGAUCGGUCGCCUCAGCAUGGAAAGCGAAACACAAAUUUCGAUGGGAUGAGCGCCUUGCUAAAGGCAGGCGAGCUUGUCGAUCGUCGCAUGUAUUGAUGAUGGGUAUCCUCGAGGCGUCGCCGUUCGCCCUACCAAAAUGGGUGGCGUUGCCCAACUUCCUCCCCGGAGGUUUCGCUCAACCAUAUACCCACUCGCUUGUGACUUGAGGUGUCACUUUUUUGCAAUCUCUGUUCUAUUCAACCCUAUUUUUCUUUGCAUAGUCAGGAUACCCUUUGACCGUGUGGAUUUCUGGUGGGGGAUCCAACCUCCACAACUUACGUAGUAUGUAUAAUAUGCGAGUUAGACACAGGCGGGAUGAGUAUCCUUCCCUGCAGCUCAAAGCAAAGCAAGCCCGGCACUGUCGGGAAAUGGAAGGCUUGUGCUCAAGGGUAGCCCAGGGGAAACUAUAGGCAUGUAACGGACAUGAUAUGUUUCGCUGGGGCUGUCGACAAACUCGGGGUCCGGAAAUAUGAAGACAAAUGAAUCAAAUCAAUUCAGGACAAUGGGCG